AUGACAACCUCCACGUUCGACAUCGAUGACAAGUUCAAGUACUUGAACGGCUUCAACGGCUACCACCAGUCUGAAGCCGCAGAGGGUGCUAUCCCAUCGGUUAUCAAUAUCCCUCAAAAAGCCAAGUACGGGCUCUACACAGAACGCAUCUCCGGAAGCUCUUUCACCGCGCCGAGGAAGGACUCAAAGCAGACAUGGCUGUACCGACUUCUUCCAUCGACAUGCCAUGAAGAGUUCAGUCUUCUCGGGAAUCACCCAUUCAAUGUCAACAAUGUCCUGAACUCAAAGUACCAGUACUCACCCAAUCGAUCUACCUGGGUCCCCGUACAGAUCGCCAAAGAAGCAGACUUCCUCAUCGGUCUUCAAUUGAUAGGAGGCGCUGGUAAUCCAACCAUGAAAGAAGGCCUGGCAUACUAUGCCUUCACAGCUGGAAAGUUAAUGCCUCCCAACCAGGCAUUCUAUAGUGCAGAUGGAGACUUUCUCCUAGCUCCGCAAAAGGGUACUCUCGACAUACACACGGAAAUGGGCUAUCUGCGAGUUCGAUCUAAUGAGAUUUGCGUCGUUCCCCGAGGAAUACGUUUCCAAGUUUCACUCCCAGCAGGUCCCGUUCGAGGCAUUGCGCUCGAACUCUUCGAGGGCCAUUUCGAGUUACCUGAGCUUGGGCCGAUUGGUUCUACUGGGCUGGCUAAUAUUCGUGAUUUUGAGAUUCCUACUGCCAGCUUCGACAAUUCGGAUGUAGAUACAGAGAUCAUCGCUAAAUUCGCUGGCCAGUUGCACCGGGCUAUGCAUCGGGGUAGUAUCUUCAAUGUUGCUGGGUGGUCGGGUACAUAUUACCCCUUCAAGUAUGAUCUGGGAAAAUUCAACACUAUCGGUUCAGUCUCAUACGAUCACACAGAUCCCUCAAUCUUCACAGUUCUCACUGCCCCCUCAUCCGUUCCAGGUGAAGCCGUCGUUGACGUCGCCGUCUUCGGUCCUCGCUGGCUCGUCAUGGAGAAAAGCUAUCGUCCGCCAUACUUCCAUCGAAACACCAUGUCGGAGUUUGCUUUCGUCAUUAAAGGGGGAUUUGACGUUACCCCGUUGCCUCCACAGUUGGAGGGUUUGUUCUUGUUGAGCAAUACUAUGUGUGCCCACGGAGCAGACCCGGAGAGCUGGAAACAAGCGACUGAAAAGGAGCUGGUGCCGGAGAAGAUUCCUCCUGGCAAUUUGGGAAUGAUGUUUGAGAGCAAGUAUAUCAUUGGCUUGACUGAAACAGCGAACAAGAAGUUCGUGAAGUUGCCCGGGAACAGUGCAGAGUUUGAAAAGGCGCACAUCUAA